AUGUUUGCUGUAUCUAUAUCUAUAUCCAUCUCUACAGGACCUUGCAUUUAUAGGAUAUGCAUAUUAUUAUUAACUCCUUUAAUUCUAUAUUUGUAUUACUCAGUUUCUGUGUUUAUGUAUGCCUCCCACAUCGUCACACAGAUGAAAUCUGAAAUUAGAGGCUUAAUCAAACAAGAUCAACAAAUUAUAACUAUAAACCAUUCAUACAACAAUGUAUAUACAAAGAAAUAUGUCUAUCACGUGUCACUGUCAAUAUUCGUAAUUGAAAUUCUUCGUCUUCAUCACCAAAGCAGAAAAGAGGAGUUAACAGUAAAAGAUAAAAUAAAAAAAAAAAAAGAAAAAGGGAUGAUGACGAUAUUCUAG